AUGACAGUCCUCCAAAAUCCAGAAAACAGUAGCCGAUUUACUAAUGUGUCUGUUAUUGCACCUGAAUCACAAGGGCAACAACAAGGACAACAACAACAAGAACAACAGCAACAGCCACAACCGCAGCAGCAGCAGCAGCUGCUGCAAAAGCAGGUGCAGGACCAAUCGCAGCAACCGCAACCGCAGAAGCAGGAGCAGCAGCAGGAACCGCAAAAACAGUCAACAGGAACACUUAAGACUUUAAAUGGCUUUUCAAGUGUACAGCAACCAAUAUUCACAGCAAACACACCUUCUACGCCCUCCGCAGAUUUGAGCGACAAUCCAGCAUGGUUCAAUAAUCCAAAGAAAAGGGCUAUACCAAGCUCGAUACUCAAAAGAUCAACCGGCCAGUCUUUGAGCCCGGUACGCGAUACUGCAGAUGCGUCUGUUACGUUGUCCAAGCCCAACGGGUUCAACAAUGUUACAUUUGGCUCUAAAAAGGACCCACGUAUUCCUAACAAUGUCUUUCAAAAUGACGGCAGUAACAACACCACCAACAACAGUCACAAUCACGAUUUAAAUGCUAUAGUUUUUGAUUCCAAUGAGGCUCCACCCAAAGCUUCUCUGGCGGAUUGGCAAAAAGAGGAUGGCAUACUUGCGAUUGAUAGUGACAAUAUCGAAGAUCCUAAUUUAACUGCCAACAUGACACUUGAUCAGAAACUAACAACUCCUUUUUCACCCUUCAAGCAGACAGAAAAAAAAGCUAGAUUAUUUAACCUGUUCGACAAAACUACAAAAGUGCCACCAAAUAAUGAGCCACUAAAUAACAGAUUAGAUGAUAUUACGGUUAAUAAUAAUACAGAAGCUUCACCGGAUGUAGACAAUAAUGCAGUUAUCAUUUUCGGAUAUCCAGAAUCGAUUGCUAACUCUAUAAUUCUCCAUUUUGCUAACUUUGGCGAGAUCUUAGAAGACUUCAAAAUAAUAAGAGACUUCAGAAAACCAAAUUUGAAAAAUAAGCUAUCUAGUCAAACACACACCGCACAAAAACGUCCCAUAUACACUGGCGAUGGUUGGGUAAAAUUGACUUACGAUUCUCAAGUUUCUAAAAAUCGCGCCCUGCAAGAGAAUGGGCUCAUAAUGAACGGUACAUUGAUCGGCUGUGUUUCAUAUAGUCGAGCUGCUCUCAAGCAAUUAGCGUCUUUAAACAAUUCGGAAAACAUAACAGGUGAUAUUACAGGUCUAGAAAGUAGUUUAAGUUCAAAUGGCUUCAGCAACUAUAAACAAACAGAAGGAUUCUUCGAAAAUGCUAAGACAACAACAGCUACUUCUAGAGCUCGUAAUUCAGAAUUCAAAGUUUCCAAAAAUUCUAGUUCUUUUAAAAAUUCACGUAAACUAGAAAUAAAGGAUGGUAGGUCAUUAUUUUUGAGGAAUAGAGGGAAGAUUCAUAGUGGCGUGUUAAGCUCUAUCGAAUCCGACUUGAAAAAACGGGAACAGGAAGGUAGACAUAAGAAAGGCUGGUUAAAUAGGUUGAAUAAUUGGUUAUUUGGAUGGAAUGAUCUUUAA